CGCUUGACUAAAUUACUUUGUCACUUUCAAUCUUACAUUGGAUCAACUGAUACACAAUAGUUUUAAUACAGAGCUAUCACAAAAUCGGCAAAAAAUGGAAGAUUAAACAUUUUUGUUUUUGGAUUUUUCUUGUCUCAACAACUUAACAACCGAAGAUUAACAUGUUCGAAUCAACGGAUUGGUUCUGCGGCAAAAAUGGUUCUGUAAUGACGACCAUAUUACAAGGCAACACCAGUAGAAUCAAUGAUCCAUGCUUUGUUGAUGGAUACUACUUAAUUGUAUCGGCGGUUUUCGCAUCUCUUCCUCUAGUGGUGCUCCUAUUAUUGUAUAGCAACUCCACCCUACGUAACUUCAAUCGAGUGUUUAUCGUUCGUUAUCCAUGGCAUUGCGCAAGAUGGAUGCUUGGGUUGGUUAUUUGCCACACGCAGUCCGCAUCAAUAAUGGAAGGCAUCCUGACAGACGUCAGUACUGGAGCUAAUACGUCACCCGAGCCGCAUUUUUACCUACCUCAGACGCUAGCUCUAAUAACUGUGAUCGUAGUUUUAUCUUAUUACCAUCAUAUGGAAGUAUGGAACUUGUGGCCAAUGGUCUUUCUUCCAUUAACCUAUUGGAUAAUGGCACUGUCAUCAGAAAUCCUCCGAUACUUGAACAUUCACGAAGACCCGGAUGCUGCUAACUACAGUAUGCGAUGGUUGUUAUGUUUGGUGAAUCUUAUAGUAUAUUUGAUGUUGGUAGUCAUUGAGAUUUAUACUACUUUAUAUCUGUUGUUAUGUCCUAGCGGACGUCCAAGUGACAUUGGUCCAAUUGACUUAAAACGACAAGGCAAGAAUGUCAAAUUUGUACAAGGCCAUACUAACUUCUUGUCGGGGAUUUUGUUCUGGUGGAUGAAUGAUAUCGUAAAGCUAGGCACCAAACGGUCGCUAUAUCCCGAUGACUUUGGCGAUCUACCCAGGUCUUUAACAGCUGGGCCAAACGCUACUCAGUUUUACAAGCAAAUGUACGAUAGUGAUGAAAAGAAUAUGGUGACGACACAACCCAGCAUACUCAGAGCCUAUCGGAGUAUCUAUGGAAUUGAAUUUGUCGAAUCAGCAUUUGCGAAAGGAAUUUCAGAUGCGCUUAGCUUUAUUCCAGCUCUUGCGGUUGGUGGGAUGGUAGAUUACGUCAUCAGUAAUAAUGAGAACGCCGACAUUGUCAAACCAAGAAACACUAUGGAGUAUAUUACUAUAAGUGAUUUCUUGGCGAAUGGAUUUGUGUUGUUGAUUAUAUCCACACUUUCGGUUGUCAUAAGGGGCUUCUUCCUGCAAUAUUCUAAUUACAUCCUUUUUCAACAAACUAUAAAGAUAAAGGGAAGUCUUCAGUGUAUCAUUUAUGACAAAUCGCUUCGUCUGUCAACUACUUCUCUACCCGAGUCUUCAUGUGGGGUCGGUGAAAUCGCUAACCGUGUUUUCGUCGACACAGACAACAUACAAGCAAUGUUUACGUUCAUUCAUAACGUAUGGUCCAUACCGGUCCAGGUUGCGUUGUCAUUAAUGUUCCUGUAUAUGAAGAUGGGUGUCUCCGCUUUGAUCGGAGCCUCAAUAAUGCUGGUUAUAUUUCCGAUACAAAUGGCGCUAGCAAGAAUCAGUGUCUUCUUUCAAAAACGUGCCAUGGCCCGAUCCGACGAGCGAUUGAGGGCCAUUAAUGAGGUGGUACAAGGUAUGAAACUGGUGAAACUUUUAGGCUGGGAAAAUCUGUUCUACAAGAUAAUCACUAAAAGCAGAAAUCUACAGGUCUACAUGUUGCGUAGACAAGCAGCAAUCGCUUCCAUCGUUAUUCCACUGGGCUUCGUUUCGCCGUCGUUUAUUGCCUUACUGAGUUUCAGCAUUUACUCUCUAGUCGAAGGCAUGACACUGACUCCAGACGUUGCAUUCACUGUCAUCCCUCUGAUUCAGAACCUGAUUGCGCCACUAUUACUGCUGCAGCCUACUAUUAAUCAGGUUGUCGGGGGUAUCGUAAGUACGAGGCGAAUUGAGACAUUCUUAGCAUCGCCAGAGAUCGAGAAGAAUGACGUCGGAAGGACAAAUACGGACACUUUCUCAACAUUAGUGAAAAAUGAUAUUUUAAUUAAUGAAGGUAAUAGAAUGGAUGAACCAGAGUACAAAGUUGUCGACCACGAAAAUACCUCCUUCGGACAAGAAGCAGUAGCUGGUUCAUCCUACGGUAGCCUUAAUGUGGGGGCUGGUACACGUACCCUCCCAGAAAAGGUCCGGGCUACAUUACCUGACGAUAUAGUAUUGAGGGUAACGAACGGCAGUUUCCAAUGGGAUGUCAACUCAACAGAACCAAUACUAUCAGAUAUCAAUAUUGAAAUUCCUAGAAGUCGUUUAACAAUUAUCGUCGGUGAGGUAGGGAGCGGGAAAUCAUCCCUAUUAUCAGCGAUGUUGGGUGAAAUGUACACAACAGAGGGCAGUGUUAUGUGGAAUACCCCGUAUAGUAGCAUCGCUUAUAGCUCUCAAGAGGCGUGGCUUAGGAACGCCUCUCUCCGUGACAACAUUAUCUUCGACUCUGAAUAUGAUUCUGCAAGAUACCAGCAAGUUAUUGCCGCAUGCGCACUACUGCCUGAUAUCCAGAUUUUACCGGCAGGCAGUAUGACGGAGAUCGGUGAGAAGGGGAUUAACCUAAGUGGCGGGCAGCGUCAACGAAUUAGCGUUGCAAGAUCAUUGUACAAUGAUAAUCAAGUAGUUUUACUGGAUGAUCCUAUGUCUGCUCUUGAUGUUCACGUGGGGGCGCACGUCUUUGAAAAUGGCAUCAAAAAGUGGUUGAUAGGAAACAAAAGAACUGUCAUUCUCGUCACUCAUCAGCUUCAGUACCUUCCAUUUGCUGACCAGAUAAUUGUCAUGAAAAAUGGACGAAUUCAACUUCAAGGAACCUUUGAGGAGGUAGCCAGCCAUGACAAAAUAUUGUACGAAAACUGGAAGAAAACGAUGAAAGAAAUCAGUGAGACUGAGACAGAGGAUGAAGAGGACAACAAAACGAAACAGGAACGAAGGAAGCUGAAGAUACAGCUGAAGAUGUCAAAAAGUAGACAAAUUGUCCAGAAAAGUACCGGUACUUUAGCAACAGAGGAUACAGACUUAGGAAUGACAGAAUUCAGAGAUGUUGCCAAAAGUGGUCUUAUAGAAGAAGAGGAACGCAACACUGGGUCUGUUGAUAAAGGCCUGUAUCUAUAUUAUGCCCGAAUGGUUGGCUAUGCUGUAACUGUGUUCUGUCUGCUGGCGUUCGUUCUGGAGACGUUUCUUACGAUUUAUAGCAACGUUUGGUUAUCGCUUUACACAGAGAAAUCAGUAGAUGCAGCUAAUAAAACUCAGGUAUUUAAAGCCUUCAUUAAAAACUAUCGGAAAGUGUGGAUAUUUUUCUCGUUCUACAGGUUUUUUGAUACGACACCAACCGGCAGAAUUCUCAAUCGGUUUUCAUCCGACAUGCAAGUAUUGGACCAGAAAAUGUUGAAUAUGCUUCCGUUCCAUAUACGAACAGCGAUGCUUGUGAUUGGAGGAUUGAUAGUGAACGCCAUUGUGUCCUACAUUUUUGUAAUUCCCAUUAUACCAAUCGCACUUGCCUACUACUUUCUUCUCAAGUAUUAUCUAUCAGCAUCAAGAGAUUCAAAACGUAUCGAGUCCAUCACAAGAUCGCCUGUUUAUUCACACUUUGGUGAGACAAUCAAUGGCCUGGAUUCAGUUAGAGCAUUUCAGGAGCAGGUUCCGUUUUUGCAACGGUUGGUGGAAAAGAUUGACCACAAUUCUACAAUUCUUCUGUAUCAGCAGGUUCUAACUUUGUGGCUUUCUGUUAGACUGUCUGCAGUUGGUUCUUUGAUUAUAUUGAGCUCAGGAAUAGCGACGCUGAUACCAGGAUCACUGGGUUACUUGGAUGCUAGCUUGGUGGGCUUGGCUAUCACAUACGCUAUAUCGAUGUCCACGUUUUUAAGCGUAAUCGUCCAGCGAAUGGCGCAGAUUGAAACCAUGAUGAAUGCAAUGGAAAGGAGUCAAAGAUGGACGAGUCUUGACAACGAACCACAAGAAGGUAUUGUAUUACCUCCAUCGUACUGGCCACACAAUGGUGAAAUAUCAUUUGAUUCUAUGUGUGUAAGGUAUGCUCCCGGGCUCGACACUGUAUUGGAUGAUGUUAAUAUUGAUAUUAAACCUGGUCAAAAGGUUGGAAUUUGCGGACGAACGGGAAGUGGUAAAUCUUCAUUGACAUUGGCACUCUUCAGAAUUAUUGACACUUUCAGAGGGAAGAUACUAAUCGAUGGUAUUGACAUUGCUCAUAUACCGCUCAAUUCACUUCGUAAACGAUUGGCGAUCAUUCCUCAAGAUCCAGUUUUGUUCACGGGAACUAUCAGGUUCAACCUGGAUCCAGAUAGCUUUCAUUCAGACAAAGAAUUAUGGGAAGCUCUUGAAAUUGCUCAAAUGAAAAAGGUUGUUGCUGAUUUGGGGUCAGGUCUCGAUUCACCAGUAUUUGAGGGUGGGGAAAAUUUUAGCGUGGGUCAACGGCAGUUGUUCUGUCUCGCACGAGCAUUCUUGAUCAAAACCAAAGUUCUGGUCAUGGACGAGGCAACUGCUUCCAUUGAUGUCAAAACAGAUGCCGUUUUACAAGAAGUUGUACGCCGUGUUUUCAAAGAUCGAACCGUGCUAACCAUUGCUCAUCGAGUAUCAACCAUUUUGGAUUCUGACGUCAUCGUAGUUCUCUCUGACGGAAAGGUCAUCGAGUACGAUUCACCUGAUCGGUUGCUUCAGCGAAAUUCCGUAUUUGCCUCGCUUGUCAAGUCAAACAAAUAACUCGAACGCCGAAUGUCUACAUCAGAAAAGUAGCAAUUAUUUAAAGUAAUAUGUAGGCCUAUAUAUAUAUUUAUAUAUGUGUGUGUGUGUCUGUGUUCCUAUAUUUAUAUGUUGUAUUUUAUUCAAAUGUUGUAUAAUAUUCAAAAUAUAGUUAUUUGAAUUGGACAUGUACAGUUAAAAAUACGAAUUAGAUUAUUGGUUAGGAUGCUAAAGAGAGAUCCUAAGGCGGAAAAUCCGGUAUAAGAUAAGUUUGGUUUGUACAAUUUCAGGAUAGACCAGCUCCGCCUCCGGUAAGAACUAAAACGCAUGCAAGCAUGUUAUCGAACGUGAUGGUGAAUAAAAAACUUUUGAUAGUUGA